CAUGAGAGUCUCGUGUCAAAACUUUCUUACAGCAUAAAUUGGCUUGUUUCGCUAUUUAGAAGCUGUCAUUUAUGAUAUAUGAAUAAUUUAUUCACUAAAUCUCCGCUAAUGACAACAAUGGAUGGAAUUCAAAUGAUAUAUUCGAUGUGAAUGAAUAACUUUCUACAACAAUGGCUUCGCCCAUGAGAGACUUGAUAACACUCGUGUCAAAACUUUCUUACAGCUUAAAUCGGCUUGUUUCGCUAUUUAGUAAUGCAACAAUAAAUGGAAUUCGAAGGAUAUAUUCGAUGUGAAUGAAGCACUUUCUGGAUCUCGACAGCUUGACAAGGCAAAACUGGCAUACUGAUGAUAUACUGGUGUAUUCACCAGCAUAAAUGCCACAUGGCCUGGACGUACUCAUGAUGCUCAUGUUUUCAGAACCUCAGUACUGUCUGAUUAUUUGGAAGCCCAUCAUCAUGGUUUGGAGGAUGGAAUUGUGUUGGGGGACAGUGCCUACCCAUGCAGAAAGUUUCUCAUGACACCUUACCUGCAUCCUGGAUCCCCACAGCAACAGAUGUUCAAUGACGCACAUGCAAAGACAAGAAAUGUUAUCGAAAGAGCAUUCGGUGUACUGAAGCGGAGGUUUCAUGUCCUUCAUGGAGAGGUACGAAUGAAGCCGGGCAAGGUAACAAAAAUAAUUCUGGAAUGUGUAGUAUUGCACAAUCUCGCUAAGGCAUGGGGUGAGAGGGAGGCAUUACCAGAGGAAGAAGACCCUCAACCUCCACCACUUGUCCAGCUUGAGGGUAACCCUGACGGGCAGGCUGUCAGGGAUGCAAUAACUGCAAACUAUUUCAGAUGAAGACGGACGGACAUUGCAAGGCACCAUGGGUGACUUGAUCUAUGUAUGGCGUAAUAGUAUUCAGAAUGAUGUACGGCCAUAGACAAAACAAGUCUUAAAAAUGUGUGUUCAUUUACAUCUGAUAAAGACAAAACAAGUCUAUAAAAUGUGUGUUCAUUUACAUCUGAUAAAGACAAAACAAGUCUUAAAAAUGUGUGUUCAUAUAUAUAUAGUUUAAUAAGUUUGAUUAUUUUCCCUGUGCAUAAUUAUAGAGAUCCAUUAUGUUUACAUUUAACUGGCAACUAGGUCAGCCAUCAGCUGAUUGAACAGAUGUAUUUAAAUAUAGGUCAGGAAUUUUCUCACGCACCUUGUAAACACUGUCUACUACUGAGUGUCUACUCUGGUGGAGAGUGUACUGCAGUAAUUUAAAUUUGCUGGUAUAGGCAAAGGUGUAAAUUAGUAAGAAUAACUUACUUUAUUUACAUUUUUGUGUUUACUGUGAGAUGAUUUCAUGGUCAUCCAUAUAAUUUUAAAUAAUUACUAAAUGUUAAGUCACUUGUUUGUAAAACCUUGCAAGAGUUAGAUGUUGUAGUUGGCUAUUUUUAAUUGCCACUUUCUACACUAAGUCUUGGUCACUGACCAGCAUUCACAUAUAUUAAAAACUUGGAACUUUGAAUUCAUAUUAUAAAUCGAUAGGGAAUUAAAUUGCUGUAUAAUGAACUCAAUAAAACAUUUAUUGAGUUUAUUAGAGAAGUUUGGCAUCUGUUUGGGGAAAUUUUGGUCAGAUUAUAGGGAAAAAAGUUACUUUUUGCCGUUAAGAAACAACCUUUUUUUAACUUUUUGCAUUUGGGAAACAGUCUGUAAGAGGCUGUAAUUUUGGGCAAACAAAAUCACUGAUUUCAAAAUGUUAAAUUUUGUUUUGUAUAAAUGUGUAAGUACAUUAUUACUAUUGUUAAAGCCAUGUUUUGAUGCAUGUACACCUAUAAAUAAAUAAUACUUGAUUUAUUGAGUGAUAAAUUGUUAUGUAAUGUCA